UUCCCCUCCUUCCCCGCAUUUCUGUUUCCGCUUUCUGAAGGCUCUUUAGGUUUCCCACCUCUGUGAGACACUUCGCGCCCAGUGGUCCAGUGACGUCAUUUUUCUGCGCUGCGUAGACAACCACCUUUGGGAGAGGGAAUUGCUUUGCCGCCCUUCGCUGCUUUCCUUGGGCUGCUGCUCCUCGGGAAUAAUGGCACUGUCACUGUGGAAGGGGCUGGUGGGCAUUGGCCUCUUUGCCCUAGCACACGCGGCCUUUUCUGCUGCUCAGCAUCGUUCUUAUAUGCGAUUAACGGAAAAGGAAGAUGAAUCACUGCCAAUAGAUAUAGUUCUUCAGACACUUCUGGCCUUUGCGGUUACCUGUUAUGGUAUAGUUCAUAUUGCAGGGGAGUUUAAAGACAUGGAUGCCACUUCAGAACUAAAAAAUAAGGCAUUUGACACAUUAAGGAAUCACCCAUCAUUUUAUGUAUUUAAUCAUCGUGGUAGAGUACUGUUCCAGCCUUCAGAUACAACAAAUUCUUCAAAUCAAGAUGCGUUGUCCUCUAACACAUCGUUGAAGUUACGAAAACUUGAAUCCCUGCGUCGUUAAGAUUUUUACAAAUCAUAACAACAGUACAGGACACAGAGUUGGAAUAUUGGAGUUUGGAGUAUAAAACACUCCCCCCAUCAGUAUUUAUAUUGAUCUUUUAGAUCUAACUAAAACAAGUCUAUGGCCCUUGUUUGUACACUGUAAUCAAAUUAUUUUUUUUGGAGAAUUUCAAGAUUUAUUUAUUUUUUUAAUUGAAUUUAUUGGGGUGACAUUGGUUAAUAAAAUUAUAUAAGUUUCA